AUGACACUCGCAAAAGAAGUCGAUUUGGUGAAUGUGGGCAACAGUGCUUUAGUUAAGCGGUAUGGCGUUGUUGAUUUUGCAAUGCAAGUGGGGGGACAGAACAAAAGUAGGAUUCAAGCCAUCCCAUCUGUACUGCACGUUGGUUGGGUUGGGUUGGCGGUUUAUGGGUCGAGAGCUGAGGGUUUGAAAAAUGGCACUUUCUUAACAUUCUCCGAGCUGCCAGGGGGAAAUGCAGGGGAGGGGAGAAACAGUUCUGGUAAUACUACUACGGUUGAGGUUAGCAAGCAGAACAGGGGAGGAGGCGGUGGGUAUGGGUGGGGAUGGGGCGGAGGCGGUGGAGGUGGAGGUGGAGGGGGUGGAGGAGGUGGUGGUGGUGGUGGAUGGGGAUGGGGAGGAGGGGGAGGUGGGUGGUGGAAAUGGGGUUGUGGUGGACAGCCAAAAUCUGGCAGACGCGGCGGUGGGAGAAGGAAAAAUGUAGACAGGAAGAGAAUAUACAAUGAGGAAGAUUACAGUUUGGGAGAAUUUGCGGAAUGUAUGGUGAAAGGAAGAUGCAGAGGCAUGAGAUUGGACUGUCCGCUUCACUGCGGCGGGCCUUGCUUUUACGACUGUCGACACAUGUGCAAGGCUCACUGCCGACGCCUGUAAUUUGGGAGCCACAACUUCCAUGAUUGGGUGUCUAAUUUGUAAGGUUGUUAUCGAUUGCUGGACUCGGAUUCCAUAAUUUGCUUGAUUUGAUAGGCCGCUGUGGUUGGGCCUGGGCCCACCAAAAGUGGUCUCUCUUUAGCUUAGGUGAAUUUGGUAAAGCAGCUUCCUUUCCUUUUUAUUUUUUGUUUUUCCAUUGAUUGGUUUGAUCUUUAUGCUUUAGUGUUGUGUUGAGUGCCAUUGCUCAUCAUAGAAUUUGAAGCUUGUUGGCUAAUGAAGUUGAAUCACUG